GCAGCUUCAUCAGCUGCAGCACGAGCCUGUUGCUGCACGCCCUCUGCCUCUUCCGUGAAAGCACUCGCUCUGCUGUCAGCUUCAACCCCAAACCACUCCCUCUCUCAUGUGAACGGGAAGGCAGUCUGGUCUUCACUCUGUAGCCAUCAAACGUUUCUUUUAAGGACUAUGCGCGCUGCGAAGAAUGGCGGAGGCCAGCGCGCUUGAAGAACUGCAGUCGGAACUCACUUGUCCUGUGUGUUUGGAGCUCUUCCGUGACCCGGUCAUCCUAGAGUGCGGACACCACUUCUGCCAGGUGUGCAUCAUCCAGUGUUGGGAAGCCAAAGCGGACGAGUUGUCGAGUUGUCCAAAGUGUAGAAAGUCGUGCGCGCGUAAGCUGCGCCCAAACUCGCUGCUGUGCAACGUCGUGGACAGUGUGCGCAGAGCCGGGGUCAUGGACCCAGCCUUGGGGAUAACCGGGUGGGAUCACGUAGGUGCCCUGGAGGAGCCGGAGGAGCGGGAGCCCGGGUCUAGUAUGAGCAGUUUGGCCUCAUCCAGCGGGCACUGGCCGCGCCUGUGUUUGGAUAUGUGUGAGGAGCACGAGGAAAAGCUAAAGCUGUACUGCGAAGACGAUCAGCUGCCCAUCUGUCUGGUGUGUGGGAUGUCCAGGGACCACAAGACCCACAAUGUCAUUCCCAUUAACGAAGCAUUUGAAAACUACAAGGAUAAGCUGUCUGUUGCUCUGGAGAGGGUUCAGCUUCAGACAGAGGAGGCCACACUCUUCCAGACAAGGACCAAUGAAAAGAUCCUUCUUAUCAAGGAGCGAGCAGGAGACAUGGAAGAGAAGGUCACUGCAGAGUUUAGCCUCCUGAGGGAGUUCCUUCAGGAGGAGGAGGAGCGCAUUAAGGAGAAACUGAAGAAGCAAAAAGAGGAGAAGCUCAACCAGCUGGAGGAGGCGCUUACUAAGACCACGGAGCAGCUCAGCCAGCUGGAAAGUACGGCUGACAAGCUCGGCAUCAAACUGAGAGAAGAAGAAAACCCAGAGCAGCUCAAGGGAAUCAAAGAUUUCAUUGGAGGGGUUGAGAGCUUGUUUGACCGCCCCCCAGAGGUGAGUGUUAGUCUGCAGACAGGAGAAUUCCUGGGGCCCCUGCAGUACAAGACCUGGAGGAAAAUGAGUAAAAUUUUUCAACCAGCUAUCACACCAGUGACCCUUGACCCAAACACAGCCUACCCCUGCCUGUGGGUUUCCUCAUGUUGCACCAUGGUCCAGGUGGGGAAUAUCCAGCCAAACCUGCCCAACAACCCAGAGCGCUUCACCCGCUAUAACAUCGUCCUGGGCUCUGAGGCCUUUUCCUCCGGCAGACACUACUGGGAAGUGGAGGUGGGCUCCAAGACAGCUUGGGGUCUGGGCGUUGCCAAAGCCUCCGUUAACAGGAAGGAGGAGAUCAGCCUCUGCCCUGAUGACGGUUUCUGGACCAUGGUGCUGAGGGACAACUGUGACGGCACCUGUGAGUAUGAAGCGUGCACUGAUGCAGAGGACACCUUGAUAUAUCCCACCAAACCCCCCAGGAGGGUGGGGGUCUUUCUGGACUACAGUCGUGGUGAGGUGGGGUUUUAUGAUGCAGGAGACAUGAGCCACCUUUUCACCUUCUAUGAUGCUGAAUUCAAAGAGCCAGUUUUUCCAUACUUCAACCCCUGGCCGAUCCUUGAUGGAUACAACCGCGAGCCGCUCACCAUAGUAACACCACACUGGGGAUAGACAUCUGUUUAAUCAGAGGACUGACAAUCUGACAAUAAAACUGCAGAAGUUUCAGCAACUAAUGAACUCAAAUGGACUCAUUUAAUGAGCAUCUACACAUCUGCCUCAUCAUGAAGACAUUUUAUUACUGAAGUGAUGAUGACCAUGCAGGUUACCCUGUCACAUUAUUUUACAACUAUAAAUAAAAGGAGACAACUACUAAAGAACAAAAAUAGAGAUACUUUAACUUAUUCCUUUUUAAAUUUCUCAAUAAAUAUCACAAAAGCUUAAACCAAAAAAAGAUAUUUUUAUCAAGUAUUGUGUAGCCUAUAUCUGAUGUUUGUUUUUUCUCAUGCUAAAAUUAAAUUUAAUGUGAAACCAUAAAGAAACAUAAGUGAGCAAAACUUUCACACUGUUUUAAAGGUUUCUUUCUGACAUUGGCACUUUAUUAUAUUUUGACUGCUGCUGUCAUCAGACCAAUCUACUGCACCCAAAGUGCAUUAAUCCCCAACUGAAAAAAGUCCCAAAUGAAUCAGACAUUUACUCUUAUUGAGUCACAUUUCUUACAAAAUAAUGAACUUAACCCUCCUGUUACGUUCCUUUCUCUGGAACAGCAAUAAUGUACCUGGGUCAAUUUGAUCCGGGGCAUAUUAAAUUAUCCAAAAGUGUCAGAACCAGAACCCAAAAAAAUCACAAAACAUAUUUCUCUUUAAUCUAAUUUGUAACUGCAUUACUAACCAUUUAAAUCAAGAUUAAGUCCAAUGGUCCAAUUCUCACAGAUCAUGGCUCUAUGAGGAUAACUUACUUGUUUUUCAUUAAAAUUCAUGUUAAAACUUUUUUUAAUGUACAUUGGAAAGUCCUAAAUAUAAAUACAAUAGUUUUACAUGACAAAGAUUUUUGUUAAUUUUAUUUUACAUUUUGAAUAUCUUUUUUUAUGAAGUGAUGUUGAUAAAUGAACACGACACCUCUUCUGUCACAUGCUGCCCAGAUUUUUAUGCUGCAUUUAGCUGGUUUGGAAGACAUAUAUUGCCUAAAAUAGGGUCAAUUUGACCCACAACAAAACAGGAGGGUUAAAGAGUUUGAAGUAUUUGUCUUGACUCUUUUCUUCCUCAUUGAGGUAAAGAUUAUUAUUCUGGUACAGAAUUUUAAGUAUUUGCAUCUUUAAUAUAUAGUUAUAUUCUAGAAAUUAGCAUUAAAAACAAACUUUGUUUGAUUUGGGAUUUUAGCCUUGUUCUUCAAGAUUUUGUUUAGGACCUGAUUGUCCCAUGGCUCCACAGCUGGUAGUCAGACACAAUAAGCAACAGCAAUGUGACAACAAAUGCUUUAAAAUGUGAAGGACCCAUUUUCAAGUUCAAGGGCACACAAUAUGUUUUAGGUGACGUUGAAUGUUUGAAUGAGUUUUCUUUCACACAAUAUUUGUGUUUGUGUCCAAGAAAACUCUUCAGAGGUUCUUUAAGACAGAAUCAGUGGAUUUUAAGAAUCUUAAGAAUUUACUAUGUGUUUUAAAAUAACAUAGAAAAUUCUAUAUUUUUUUACUGGUUUGUUUUCAACAUUGUUAUGCGAAUGGUUGCAUGAAGUGUAGAGAGGGUUUCACAAAAGUUACUUGACAUGCCUUUUUUUAAUCUCUAAAUGUCCAACUGCAGCCACACUCAACCCAGUGUUUAAGAUAUGUUCCUAGUGGUGUUUUUUGCUCAUAUUUUUAAUUCCACUAGAGUGCGCCCAAAACCAACUUUGUAUGCUUCCAUAGUGUUUUGUGUUGCACAGCUUUUGGGCUUCAUUGGACUACAUGAAGGCUAGAUUUAGCUUUUAGGGAUGAGUUCCUGUUGAAAAAUGAUGCCAAAAUUAUUCUUACUAGUUGUCAGGUUUGUGUGUCAUUUUAGGACUUAUUCUAGUCACACAUUUGUCUCAAGGGACUCCACUUUCUAAGUAUACAAGUGAUCCAUGAAAAAAAACGUUAUCAGAGAUAAAUGUGAGAAGCAUCAGGAAGAGCAACAGAGCAGGGAUCCUUCUCUCUGACUGACAGAAAUACACCGACACAGUCUAAAACAGCAACAGGCAACAUUACAGUGUGAAAAACCAGAAUGAGAGUCAACUGGAUGAUUGUAAACACAUGAGAAGAGGGACAUCCCGCCGAUUUCUCAACACUAGAUUCUAAACUCAAAUUCAACCAAUACAUCUUUGUAGUGUUAAUUGUGGUAACUGCUUUGUUCAGACUGUGUUUGAUGUGCGCAUAUUAAAAUGUUAUGCAACAUAAAACAGAACCUCAAACAACAGACACAGAGUGGGACUAAUUCAGGGUGCAUGGAAAUGAAAACUGACUGAACAUUUCAUUUACAAGGUUGAACAUUACUGGUGUAAAUAGAUUAGUUAGUAUGAUUUAUCAUUCAGUCAAUCGUUUGAUUACCUGUCACUGUUUUGUGUUUGAUGUUGUGUUUACUGGCCUUCUUUCAGUGUCCAGUUAAGGUUAAUUAGUUCUUCUUAGUCAGUCUCUUGUGCCAAUAGAGCGAUCCAGUGUGAUCUGUGACUACUGUUACAAACUAAUAAAUAAUGAGAAUUCUCUGACCCAAAUAAAACCGAUCUGUUGUCUCUGUGA